AUGGCCUCUCUAUCUAGGUCUCGAGUUCCAAUAUUAACACGAUGGUCCAAGCCUCCUGUGGGUUUUGUCAAACUGAAUUGGGAUGCGGCAGUUGAUCGUUCGAAGAAGAUGGUAGGGUUGGGGAUUAUAGCCCGUGAUUCUAGCGGAAUUGUUGUGGCUUCAAUGUGUUCUUUUCACCCGUAUGUAUCUGAUUCCGCUGUGGCAGAGGCUAUGGGUGCUCGACAGGGAGCUGAGUUUGGAAGGUUCCUGUGUCUUCAAUCAGUGAUGUUGGAAGGGGAUUCUUUAGAAGUGGUUCUUGCUCUUCAGCAUGAAAAUGUAGUUGACGGGUAUUACAGCAAUCUAGUUCUGGAGACCAAAGCUAUUCUUCACGAUUUUACGUCAGCUACUGUUCAUCACGUGGGUCGAAUGGGAAAUCAAGCUGCGCAUUCUCUUGCACGGCAUGCUGUCUCUAAUGUUUUAAACCAUGUUUGGUUUUCAUCUGUUCCUUUAUGUCUUUCUAAUAUUGUAUCUGAUGAUUUGUUGUUAUCUGAUCAUAUAUGA